AUGUACUGGUCACUUCACAUCCUCCUUGUUCCUUUCCUCCUCCUCAUCGGCGCCUGCCAGGCUGCCGAUGUUGGCUUUGCCUUGGAUGGAGCCAUAGAAGGUGCUACUGCAACUGAUACUUCCUUCAACACUGGCGGCACAAUCAGUGUCAACGGUUGGACCGCAACUGUCCCCAAGAACCUACAAGUUGGUUUCCCUGUAGCAUGGGUACCAUGGAAGGAUUUCGUCGCCUCCUACCAAGCAGGACAAUUCGCAGGCUACCAAGUCUCGGUUGUUGGCAACGUCGUCUCCGGAAAGCCCAUCGCUGGACAGGUGUACAUCUCCCAGCUGUUCACCCAAGCGAGCUCUGGCUUCAUUGAGAAGAUUAACCUCGAUGGCUCCAUGAAGAUCACCAACGGGCCGAUCAUCCGCAUCAACGAUCCCAACGCCGUCUUCUCCGCUGGCUACACCAAGUCUCCUUUCAUGACCGCCGACGACGAGAACCCCAGCAUCUGCUCCUUCUCGGGUUUCCCCAUGUGUGUGCCACGCAGCGCGACCGACCCUCUGUGUCCCGAGUCCAACCGCCCGACUAUUGCCGCAACUGGAAACAAGCAAGGAACUCUAACUGUUCCCGAUCCUCUGCUCAUGGCGCCUUUUGCUGUCGGAGAUUUCAUCGAGUAUUCUGGUUACAGAGACGGAAGUGAGAUCAUCGUCUACGAAAUUACAGCAACGAAUAUUCAGAUCGUGACUGGCGCGACUGCUGCCAAUGGAAAGCCUGUGUUCAUUCGAAUGGAGGACGUAAACAUUGGUGUCUUCACCGCGGACGUUAAUGCCGAAGUUGCCCAGAGCAAAUUCAUCGGCUACGUCUCCGACCCUGCCGGCUCCCCCCUCACUGUCUCUGCGAUCGAAGUCGACCCUUGCACUGGCAAGGAGACCCUGCGAGCCAUCACUUCCGCCAAUGUCGACACUGCUGCCGGCGAGACUCGCAACAAGUUCGACGUACGCCUCAAGACCGGCACAGCCAACGAUCGCUACACCCGCGAGUACAUGAUCGAAACCUCGGGCACCGGUACCGGCACGCUCACCAAGAACAACAUCACCGCCGGCCGCUACGUCCAGCCCGUUACCGAAUGGAUCCAGCCCGAGCUCACCAACCCUGGCUUGGCCCCGAUCCCCAACUCGUUCGAGGCCUUCAACCACCUGACCAAGGGUCUGGGCCCCGACGCCGCCGGCAACAUCUGGGGUCCGCUUGACCCGUUCCCCCAGACCGGUGUAACUGUCUUCGACAUUUCAUCGUGCCCGCCCGUUACUACGACCACGCCCACCACCAGUGCCACCGUCACGCCCACUGCAACCGCGACGUCAACACCGACCACGAUCCCCGUUGACACCGUCAAGGUAACGGCGGCAAACUGGGCCAGCACGGGCGGCGGCACGCUGACGGUGACAUGCACGAGCUCCAACACCAACGCUACCCAGGUCGGCAUGCUGCUGGACUACACACUGCAGAAGGAGGGCACCACGACCUUCAACCAAGUCAUGACGGCCGGCAACAACGGCGUCUGGACCUUUAGCAACGUCAAGAUCAAGCAGGCCACCACGGUCGUCUGCCACAGCAAGCUCGGGGGCAAGUCUUCCCCUCAGGCCGUGACCGCCAGAAGACGGAGAAGAUCAAUGGCUGCCUGA